AUGGAAAUGAGAAACAAGACACUCGUGACUGAAUUCAUUCUCACAGGGCUGACAGAUAUUCCAGAGCUGCAGAGCUUCCUGUUUGUGAUGUUUGUUAUUGUUUAUGUCCUCACCCUGAUGGGUAAUCUGGGCGUGAUUGCCUUAAUCAAGUUGUCUCCUCAGCUCCACACUCCUAUGUACUUUUUCCUCAGCCACUUGUCUUUCCUCGAUGUUUGUUAUUCAUCAUCUGUAACCCCCAAGUUGCUAACUGAUCUCUUAAAGGAUAAGAAGGUAAUUUCUUCAGCAGGUUGUUUCAUUCAGCUUUACUUUUAUGGUGCAUUUGCAACCACUGAAUGCUAUCUUCUGGCUGUAAUGGCUUAUGAUCGCUAUGUGGCUAUUUGUAGCCCACUACUCUAUUUAGUCACCAUGUCUCUAAGAAAGCGUGUGUACCUAAUAGCUGUUGCCUAUGCUGCUGGGAUUGUAAAUGCUUUAAUCCAUACAGUUGCUGCUUCUAGACUAUCCUUCUGUGGCCUAAGUACCAUCAAUCACUUUUAUUGUGAGGGCCCUCCACUGUUCGCAAUUUCAUGCUCUGACGUGAGUCUCAAUGAACUGUUGAUAUUUGUGUGCGUUGGGUUCAAUUUGAUAGCAACCGUUCUUACAAUACUCAUCUCUUACACCUGCAUCCUGACCACCAUUUUAAAGAUUAGUUCUUCCAAGAACCGACAGAAAACCUUUUCCACUUGCACAUCUCACCUUGUUGUCAUUAUCAUUUUCUAUGGAGGCUUUGGCAUCAUGUAUGCACGUCCUAGUGCUAGGCAAAGUCACAACCUCGACAAAAUAGUCUCUGUGUUGUAUGUAGUGGUUACUCCCAUGGCAAACCCCAUGAUAUAUAGUCUGAGGAACACUGAGGUAAGAAAUGCCUUCAGAAAAUUUCUGGCAAGAUCUGUUUUCCAGCAUGUUUGA